AUGUUCGGCAUCAACAUUGGCUUCAAGUAUCACAAAUGGGCGAUUCUCUAUUGCUCCAUCUCCGCGAUCGGAGCGUUCGUCUUCGGGUACGACAACACCUACUAUAGUGGCAUUCUGGGAAUGCAGGAAUUCAAAAACGACUAUGGCAACUACUACGUAGAUGGGCAAAAGGUAUUGGCGACGAGUUUUACCUCCCUGGCCACGUCGAGUAUCUACAUCGGGGACAUGGUCGGCGCGUUCACCUCUGGCCCGCUGAAUGAUCGCUUUGGGCGCCGAGUUGUGCUGUGGAUAACUUCUUGUCUUGUUCUCGCUGGGGGUGCUACUCAAACUGCCGACACCCAUAUUGAAGGCGUCAUUGUGCUUGGUCGGAUUCUCAUCGGACUGGGAGUCGGCAACUUCACCGUCACUUCGCUACUAUAUAUGAGAGAAGUCGCGCCCCUCGACAUUCGAAGUCCAGCACUCUACAUGUAUCAGUUCAUACAAUCCUGUUCCCAGCUCGUCGCAUCUGGCACUACACAGGGUACGAACGAGAUAAAGUCCUCCUUAUCUUAUAAGCUGCCGGUGGGAGGUCUGGUGAUCUUACCACUCGCCGCAUUUGCCCUUCUUCCCUUCAUCCCCGAAAGCCCGACCUGGUACGCUUUCCGCGGCAGACGCGACGAUGCCGAGAAAUCACUUCGAAAGAUCCAUCAAAAUGACGCAGAAUACGAUCCCUCCGCCGAUCUCGCCUUACUGGAACAGACACGAGAGUACGAGGAUGAGCAAGCCAAGGCCUCUUCCUGGAAGGCCUUGCUGUGUGACCCUGUCGAACGCAAGAAGCUGAUUUGGGCGGCUGGUGGAAUGAAUCGGCGUUGA